AUGGAGCAGGGCGCGACCAAGCGGCUCUCGUCCGCGGCUUCGCAGAGAACAGUCCGGAGCGCAGAGAACAGUCCGUACUGCCGGCGUCCUCCGUGCGCUCGCCUAGAGCCACCUAGCGGUUCAGACGCGCUGUCCCGGCUGCGCUCAGCUUUAGCGAACACGUGGACGGGGGUGGCCAGAAGCCCGGAGCGCAGGGGCCGGGCCUUCCUGGGAAUCGACGUGACGUUCGUUCUGUCGGUAGACGCGGGGGUGAGGGGCCGGGUGUCAGAUUUAAAACGAGACUCGGCUUCUUCUCCCACGUUAGACAGAUACAAAAUAGCAAGACAAUUAACAGAGAAAGCAAUCAAGGAAAAGAAGAUUUUCUCUAUCUGUGGACACUACCCAGUGAUCCGGGCCGCUCUGCGGAGAAAGGGCUGGGUGGAAAAGAAGUUCCAGCUUCAGCCCAAGGUCAUUUCAGAUGUUGAGGAUGAAGGUGAAGAAAAUAAAUGUGUUGUAGUCAAAGAAAAUCAGGAAAUGGCUCUGGAGAAAACAGACGAUAUCCACGAUGUGAUGUCUAGGUUGGUAAAAAAUGAAAUGCCCUACUUCCUCUGGACCAUCAAAAGGGAUGUCAUUGACUAUCACAGCCUGUCCGGUGACCAGAUGCUGAACCAUUUUGGGAAGACGGCUUCCUUCACCACCAAGAUCGGGCUGUGCGUGAACAUGCGGAGCCUGCCGUGGUACGCCCAGGCCAACCCCGACUCCUUCUUCCCGCGCUGCUAUGGCCUCUGCACCGAGAGCGAGAAGCUGGAGUUCCUGGCUGACUUCCGGCGCACCAUGGCAUCCAGUAUCCUCAAGUGGGUCGUCAGCCACCAGAGCUACACCAGGAGCAAACUCAGGAACAGGCGGGAGGAUGCCGGGAACAGCGACCUGGGCAACAAGAGAGAUCCUGAGAAUGCUGAAGCUCAGCCCAGGGGCAUUUCCGAGCAGCUUGUGGACACUGCAUGUAGGGUGUGUCAGACCUACCUGGGACAGCUGGAGCAUGAGGACAUUGAUGUGUCAGAGGAAACCACGGAGGACCUCACGGAGGCUGAGUGGAAGGACCUGACCCAGCAGUACUACACCCUUGUCCAUGGUGAUGCUUUCAUCUCCAAUUCAAGACAUUACUUCUCGCAGUGCCAGGCUCUGCUGAGCAAACUCACAUCCGUGAACCCUCAGAUGGGGAUUGACGGGUUUCGGAACAUCUGGAUUAUAAAGCCUGCUGCCAAGUCCCGGGGCCGAGACAUAGUGUGCAUGGACCGCGUGGAGGACAUCCUGCAGCUGGUGGCCACAGACAAUCCUCCCUCCAAGGAGAACAAGUGGGUGGUCCAGAAGUACAUCGAGACGCCGAUGCUCAUCUAUGACACCAAGUUCGACAUCAGGCAGUGGUUCCUGGUCACAGACUGGAACCCGCUGACAAUCUGGUUCUACAAGGAGAGCUACCUGCGGUUUUCCACACAGCGCUUCUCCCUGGACAGUCUAGACAGCGCCAUCCACCUGUGCAACAACUCCAUCCAGAAGCACUUCAAGACUGACAAGGAGCGCAGCCCGCUGCUGCCGGGCCACAACAUGUGGACGAGCUCCAGGUUCCAGGAGUACCUGCAGAAGAGGGGCCACAGGGCCCUGUGGGGUAAUGUCAUCUACCCAUCCAUGAAGAGGGCCAUCACCCAUACCAUGAAGGUGGCCCAGGGCCACGUGGAGGCCCGCAAGAACAGCUUCGAACUCUAUGGGGCCGACUUCAUCCUCGGGAGGGACUUCAAGCCCUGGCUGAUCGAGAUCAACUCCAGCCCCACCAUGCACCCCUCCACGCCCGUCACAGCCCAGCUCUGCGCCCAGGUGCAGGAGGACAUCAUCAAGGUGGUGGUGGACCGCAGGCUCAACCGCAACUGUGACGUCGGCAACUUUGAGCUGCUGUGGAGACAGCCCACUGUGGAGCUGCCCCCGUUCAGCGUGUCCGACCUCUGCGUGGAAGGCGUCAGCGUCAGGAGGGCCAGGAGGCCAACGCCACCCGUGCCCGGCUCCCACCCGUCCACCUUGCUCACAGACAUGUGGCCCCCAAGAGUGCCAUGGCCCUCGGCCCUGCCAGCCUCUGCGUGCAGGCCCUCGCGAGCUGCGCUCCAGCCAGACCUGAAACCGGGGGCAGGGAGGGUCCUUCCCUUCACGCUGCCCGUGCCCUCGAAGACACUGGCUGGGAGGGGCUGUGGCGGCAACUGCCAGCAUGCGGACGACAAGGCCCCAAAGACCAGUGUCACCAAAGCCCAGUCCACCAAACUCUUGGAUGCAAACAUACUGAACGUGCACCCCCUGGCACCCGUGCCCCCCAGUGUGAAGGCAGCAGAGGGCUCCCUGUCCCAGCCGCCCAGAGCCAGGGGUUUUGAUGCACAGAAAUGA